AAAAACGAUGUCGAGACGGUGUUGUGCGAGAGAUUGCUUUAAUACGAUCAUCACAAACAAAUCCGUGCAGUACUUUGGAUUCCCCAAAAGUGAUGAAUUUGCACGAAAAUGGGCAAUAAAUGCAGGUCGCGAAGACUUGUUGGACAAACCACUCAACAAUAUUUGCAAAUAUUAUCUCUGUUCGAGCCAUUUCACGGACGAUUGUUUCACAGAUGCCUCCAGAACGCAUCUCCGGAAGCAAUCUCGACCCACAGUAAUUGUCCCGAUACCGACAAUUUUCGAAAAUAAUAUCACAGAAUUCAUUCCGGAGGCAGUUAAAGGCAAUGUGCAAAUUACGCUGUGUGACGAUUACCCGCAAGCUCCUCAAAAAAGGCUAAAAACCGAAAAAGAAGAAACUUUUGCCACGAAAAAAAUUGUUAUGGAAAAUGAAAAUCGCACGACGCCGAUUCAUUUGUAUUACAAAGUCGACCAAACGAGCGUCGUGGAUGAUUUUUUGCUGGCGGAAACGGAAAAAGCUACCCUCGAAGGUGGCGGAGAAAGUCAAUGUCGCUUGUGUGCGAACGAAUUUCAGGACAACGAGCUUUAUCCGAUUUUCGAUCGAACGGAUGUGAAUAACGUGAUUGCGGAAAAUAUUGAAAGGUUGAUGCCAGAAACGAUUUUCGAGGAAGAUGGAAAGCCGCAGAAUAUUUGUACGGGUUGCUAUGAGAGGUUGAGUCAGUGUAUAGAGACGAUGGAUGCGUUUAAUUUAGCUCAAGCCAAAUUUGAUGAUUCUUAAAAAAUAAAAAUAAAUAAAUUAAGUAUUAAAAAUUAUUUAAAAUUUGUGAUUUUUCUCGCAAUUUUAUACUGAAAAAUCAAAAUUUU